CGUUUCAGUGUAGAGGCGGAUAAAUAAUGGUCAGCUGUGUCAACAGAAAACUGAAAGACGAGUGUAAACUGACCUCGAAGUAAAACACCGAUACUGUAAAUUUACAAUUUCUGCAAAGCGAUACAGAUGCGAAUAGGCCUGAGCAGGACGCCGAAGGGUUAAUAUUUGUGUCAUUCCAGCAACAGAAUUAUUGCUACACAUUGACAGUCUCUGCGCGUGCUUUCUGAAAACAUAAACAAGACACAAGGGCAAAAUGUCUGACUUUGUCAUUUUGUCUCUAAUUAUAUUUUUGGUCGUUUGUCUCAUCUUAACUUUGGUGGGCUUCGUGUUUUACUCCGGUCUUCUCUCUGAAGUAGUGAUUCGGACUGGAUCUCCACCGGUGAAGAAGAUUACGAUCGCAUAUAAGUUCAGCAAAGGAUCAUAUAAGGCCAGUGGAGCUGCUUUCACUGAGAGCUGCAGUAUCGGACCGAAGCUGUCAUCUGUCGGGGUGUUUUACGAUGACCCAAAUCAGACUCAGGCAGAUCAAUGUCGGUAUGUAGUGGGUAGUGUACUGAGUGAAAAUGAAGAGAAACCUGAUGAAGAGCUACAGCAUCUGUAUGAGAAGUUUGGCUACAAGGUCAUCUCUUUCCCAGAAGUCACCUGUGCUGUGAUGUCCUCAUUUCCCAACAGAUGUGCUCUGUCUCCUAUCUGUGGGUCAUAUAGAGUCUAUCCUGAACUUGGACAAUAUAUAAAGGAAAGGAGUCUAAACGCAUACCCAUUCCUUGAGAUAUGCAAAGGAGAUCUUAUCCAUUAUAUAUGUCCUUUAGAGAAUCAGACAGACUUCUGUGUCCCUGAACUUCAUGUGAAGAAAACAACUGAUGAGACAGAGGAAACAGAGGAGCACAGAGACACUGAUGUCGCAGAAUCAGAGACAGAUUUUAGGCCUGAGUCAAACUCCGUGAUCAAGGGGGUGGUUGAAGAGAGCAGGGACAUGGUGGAAGCCUCAACCCCAUUGCUGGAGUGUUCUCAGCAGGCACUGGGUGAAGAAGAGGGUCAAAGUGAGAAUGGGGACCAGGGAGGCAAGGGAUCAGGUGAGUCUGUAGGCAGUGGCUCUUCCUUCGAAGAGCUGGACAUGGAAAUGGAAGAGGAGAAGGUGGACAAAAAGAAUGAAGACCUGGUAGAAGAGGAGGAAGAUCAUAAUGGACAGGAGAAGAUGGAAGGAGAAACAGUGGGGAACAGGGAGGAGUAAGGGAUAAAGUGUUUUAGAUGGAAUGUAGGUGAAUGAUGAGUGUUGGCGUAUGCAUGUGCACAUAUGUGAGUGUGGUUUUAUAUGUGAGAAAAAAAAGAGGAAAAAUGUUUGUGUGUGUCUUUAAAUCAUCAAAAGCUUUGUUGUCUCUGUAAGUUUCUUCCCUGUAAUCACAACAAACAAUUAUUCCUUUCAUAACUUUUUAUUAAAUACUUAAUGAAACACA